UUAUACACAGAGCAGAAUAUUAUUGUAACACGACGCAGACUGUGAACCUUCAGUUUUAUUUCUUCGUAAUUAUUAUAUAUUACAGCAAGAUAUAUACCCCUAUCAUCAAUUGUUUGGGGAUAAUGUGGUCAGUCUAUUUGUUACUGAUUGGUGUAGCACUAGGUUUCUGGUUUCGAUGGAGGUACAAAAACCGACGCCUUUUGGAAAUGGCAAAGAAAAUACCGGGUCCUCCAGCCUUACCGCUUUUAGGAAAUGCCGUUAAGUUUAUGUGUCAGCCUGAAGAAUUCGUAAGAGUAUUAAAAGAAUUAAUGAAGGAUUAUGGUGAUGUGCUGAGAUUCUGGCUCGCAGCAGAUUUGAACGUCGUUGUGAGCAAUCCUGACGAUAUUAAGCUUCUCUUAACAAAUAACAAAACAAAUAUUAAAGGACCACAAUACAAAUACAUGGCAGACGUGAUCGGUCAUGGAAUACUGAGUGGGUCAGGGUCUGUUUGGCGAAAACAUCGUAAAAUCGCAACACCGAACUACGGUAAACGGGCGAUCGAAAGCUAUAACGAUAUUUUUAACAGUGAAGUAGAUUCGCUCGUUCAUAAACUCAAUAGCUUAUGUAAAGACCAGGAUAUCGAUAUUUACAAGUACAUUGUCCAGUGUACUAGUUACACGGUUUGCCAAGCUCUAAUAGGUCUUUCAAAACACGAAACUUUGGGACUACCACACCUGCAGAGUCUCAUUGAUAAUACGCCAACACUAUACGACAUUGUAUUUGAUAGAAUGACGAAAUGGUACCUACAGAUAAAUCCUAUUUUUUGGAUAACAAAAUCAUAUCAACAGCAAGAACAAUUCAAGCAGCAGAUCAAUGAUCUAAGUGCGAGUAUAUUAAAACUUCGCAUGAAGAAGUUGACUGAAUUAGAUGACAAGUUAUAUCUAAUGAAUACAACAGAAGACUCAUCGAAAAAUACACAGCUAAGCGUGAUAGAUAGGUUUUUGUUAUCUAAUGAAUUAGAUACUAAGGAGUUAAUAGAUGAAACAUUUACAAUUUUUACAUCAAGUCAGGAAGCUUCAGCUAAGAUAUCUUCAUUUUUAAUACUAAUGAUGGCAUACCAUCAGACUUGUCAGGAAAAACUUUAUAAUGAAAUAAUUAACGUCCUUGGUAACGACGAUAAACCGAUAACUGAUGAUGAUCUAAAGCAAAUGCCGUAUUUAGAAAUGGCCUUUAAAGAAGUUCUCAGGCUAUUCCCUAUAGGAGCAAUGAUGCAAAGAACUAUUAGUGAAGAUAUUGCUAUUAGUUCAUACACAAUUCCAGCUGGAGCUUCGCUAGUAGUACCGGUGUAUCAUAUUCACCGGGAUCCUAGAUUCUGGGACGAACCAGAUGCAUUCGACCCUGAAAGAUUUACUCCGGAAAAUAUAAAAAGACGACCCACUUACUGUUAUAUACCUUUCAGCUUGGGGCCAAUGGACUGCUUAGGACGAUACUUUGGCGCUAAAUUGAUUAAAACAAUCGUCGUUAAGAUAUUGCGAAGGUUUAAAGCAACGACAGACAAACAGUACAAAAAUCUUCGUAUAAUAAUUUCAAUAUCGGCAACAUCGUUGGACGGUUUUCAUGUUAAACUAACACCAAGAAAAGGGGAAUGAAGUUGAUUUAGUUUUUUGUUUUUUUAAUUUUUUUAAUAAUAAUAAAAUAUAAUAAAGGGAGUGUGAAAUGGUUGUUGUGUUUUAA